UGACCGUAUGGAAAGUUGUCUUCGUGGCGGAGUGCAAGCGCUUGUUUGUAAACACAACCAACGCCUUCGUCACCAACAAACGGUCCAAUCAGCUCACGACCGGGGCGGAAGUGGCACAUUUAAAAACUGGCAGUUGAAGCUGAGCCUUUUUUCGUGCUCCAUUCAGGGAAACGGGAUUAAUAACAUCGUAAACAAGAUGGAAGAAGAAGAGCACACGGACAGGAAGCACCAGCUUGCCAUGCUCUAUCAAAAGAUCAACAAAAUAAAAAAGUAUAUCAAUGAAGAUGAUACGGACAACAUUAACCAGGUUAUCGGCUCAAACUCCCCCGAGUCGUGCCUCUCAUAUUUGGCGAACCUGGAGAAGAAAGGGGACCCCCACUUGGAUCGUAACCACCUCACCAGACUUAUUGACUUUUAUACCCGAGUAUUCUCCAACAUGCCCCUGGGGACACACUGUCAGAAUGAGGGCUAUGCCAGGCUGCUGGUCCGAUUUGCUGAGCUGAAAGCAAUUCAAGACGUCAAUGAGGCAGAAGCCAACUUCAACGUGGCAAGAUCUCAUAGCCCAAACUUUGCAUUUGUUCACAUUGCACAUGCACAGUUUGAGCAAUCCCAAGGCAACACAAAGAGAGGCCUUUACAUAUUGCAGAAUGCUAUUGAAUUGGGUGCCAAACCAAAGGAGCUGCUUGAGGCUGCCUUGGAAAGCAUCCAGGCCGGUAAAACACGCAUCUUCUGUUCAGAGGAUAAGGAAAAUGUACCUCAGUUGUCAAACGGUAAUGUGCACGGUUCUGUCAAAAAGGGCUCUGUGUUCCAAAAAGUAUGCAGAACAUCGGACGGCAUCAGCGACUUGCAGCUUUCCAGUAUUUUUGGUUCAGGGACAGAGCCCCUUGGUGGAUCGGCAGAUGACCAACUAUCGGGCAGGAGAUCUGGAUCUCAUUGCAAGAGAGUAGUUGGCAUGCCAAGGAGAGUUCCCGUAGUACCUUUCUCUAUCCCAGAAAAGGAUGACGAUGAUGGUGACAUUAAUGAGAGGCCCUCAAAGGGGAAUGAUGCAUCAAUCCACCCCAGCAUGUCCAGGCAAACAUCUGGUUCAAACGUGAACCCGCUAUUUGGGCUGUCGUCUUCCAAGAAAAAAGAUGCGGAUCGUUUAUACGAUCGACCACCAGCCGUCAGUCCAGAGUGUUGCCCCUGGGAGGACCAGGCCGCUGUGGACUCCACCACCACACUCCUUCACAUACGGGACGCCCCAAAAAUAGAAGACGUGACAUUCAACUUCGACCAGGUUGUCAAUACAAAUUCCCCCGAGUCGUGUUGGACAUACCUGAUGAACCUGGAGAAGAGAGGCACGCCUCACACAGACGUUAACCUCCUCAAUAAGCUCAAGGACUGUUAUUCUAAAAUCUUCUCCCGGCUGCCGAUAAGACAGUUCAGCAAAAACACCAGCUAUGCCAGAAUACUGGUCAGAUAUGCAGAACUCAAGGGGAUUGAAGACCCCGAUGAAGCCCAGGACCACUUCAUAGUUGCCAGAUCCAACUGUAAAGACUUUGCCUUUGUCCACGUGGCACAUGCCCAGUUUGAGGUUUCUCAAGGUAAUGUGAUCAAAGCAACUUCAAUUCUGCACAAAGCCCAGACAUUGAAUGCCAGGCCGGCAGAGCUGCUGGAGAUGGCCGUACGUAACCUGAAGGCUGGGGAGAAACUGCUCGUGCCCACCAAGGAGGAGGAGCAUCCCGCAGCUUUGCAAACGGUUGCUGCGGUAAAUGUGUCUGCGUGUGGGAGGAACCAGGAAGUCCAGCUUCCCGCUCGGGUCCCUGUGAAACGGUCGUCCGAACAGUCCAAAGCUGCCGGCAAGGAGCCGUCAUCGGAGUGGAAGAUGCCAACGCUCCUCAACCGGCAUGUUUCUCCAGAGUAUAAACGAGCUACACCUCCUGACCCCAGACCUGUUCCCCGUUUGCUCGAGUCCCUCCCCACUCCAUCCCUCCAGCUUCCUUCAAGAAUGAACCCACAGGCAGUCUGUCGGACGCCCAACGGCUACAGGACCCCCUGCGCUAGCAGCUUUAUUACUCCUGUCGUGAAGAGGGGCCCUGAGGUGCCUUCCUCUGCAGCGGCGGCGCACAGAGCUGGAGCCGCUCAGCAGCCGUGCACACCGGUAAACCAAGCGCCGUGCUUCCAAACUCCACAGUCGUCCCUCUCUGCGUUGUCAAAUGAAACCAUUACCAUCAAGGGCAAACAGUUCUUCAUACUCAAGAUGAUUGGACGUGGUGGAUCUAGUAAGGUCUACCAGGUCCUUGAUCACAAAAAGCAGCUGUUUGCUGUGAAAUACGUCGACCUCGAGGAGGCGGAUGCUCAGACAAUAGAAAGCUACAAAAAUGAGAUCGAACAUCUGAACCGCUUGCAGCAGUACAGCGAUCAGAUUAUCAAGCUCUAUGACUAUGAAAUAACCAACAGCCACAUCUACAUGCGGAUGGAGUGUGGAAACUUGGAUCUGAACACUUGGUUGCGUAACCGCAAGACUGUGAAUCCUCUGGAGAGGAAGUUCUACUGGAAGAACAUGCUGGAGGCCGUCCAGACCAUCCACAAACACGGAAUUGUCCACAGUGACUUGAAGCCAGCCAAUUUUGUCAUUGUGAACGCGUCGCUGAAGUUGAUUGACUUUGGCAUCGCCAACAGAAUCCAGCCAGAUGUUACGAGCAUUAUGAAGGAUUCACAAGUUGGAACCUUGAACUAUAUGCCCCCCGAAGCCAUCAAGGACACCUCAUCCCAGGCAGGAAAAGCCCGCUCAAAGAUCAGUCCCAAAGGUGACGUGUGGUCACUUGGUUGCAUCCUGUACUGCAUGACUUAUGGGAAAACUCCAUUCCAAAGCAUCACCAAUCAGAUCGCCAAGCUGCACGCCAUCAUCGACACGUCUCAUCAGAUGGAAUUCCCCGAUAUCGCGGAGACAGAUUUGCUGGAUGUGUUGAAGAGGUGCUUGGUACGAAACCCCAGAGAGCGAAUCUCUAUUGCAGAGCUGCUGGAGCAUCAAUACCUGCAGCUGAAGCCACAAGCAUCACCUGUACCAGAAUGUCCAAGUAACCGUGAACUCCAGAAGAUCCUCAUGGACCUCGCAGCCCUCCAGUCUCCAAACAGCAUCGUCCGAGCUGCGAACAAUCUGGCCAAAAUGUGCAGCAGCGGCAGGAAGUUGGAUGUUGCAGAGUGCGCAAAGUCGUCCUAGUUAUGCUGGAAUGUGAUGUGGAUUUUUCUUAGUUUAACCCCUCUUAACCACUUCAGUAUUUUCUAUAAGAUGUAGAACUAACAAAUCGAUAUUUGUAUGUUUGUGGCUUUGGCUCAAAAUCAUUUAAAUUGCUUCAUUUUUACUCCACCCGAUUGACCAAUAAUAAAUGUGAGCAUACAGCACAGUCAAAUAAAAGUACUGUAUUCUUAGGA